UUGAUGAUUGUGUACCAAAAAUUCAUAGAUUUUUAAUUAAAUUUUGUUGUAAUUGUUUUUUUUUGUUUGUAAAACUUUUAUUAUCUAUUAUGGAAACCUAUAGCUGCGCUUACAGAGAUCCACAUUCACCACUUACACCAUUGACUCCAAUAAGUGAUUUAACAUUAAGAAAAACUUUUCGUGAUCAUUCGCCAAGUUUAAUACCAAUUACAAAGAUCACUCUCAAUGACUGUCCAACUUCAAAACGAAAAAGAUCUGUAGCAAAUUUGGCCAUCAACAACAAAUCGUCUCCAAAGCAUAAACCAUGUGCUGUUAGUAUUGUGUUGCCUGUGAUCAAAACUCCCGAAGAGGAAAGAUCAGCAAAAAAGUCCAGUUAUUUGUUAAAUCUUAAAAAAAUCCUCACACCCAAUUCAAAGCCAACUCCACGAUCCAUCGAUUUGGAACCUCGAUUAGGCGGCAAUCAAAAGUCUUCGCCGACGUCAUCAUCAUCGGCAAGUAAAAGGCCGAGAUUUAAGUGUUUUCGUAACUCGCCUUCAAAUGUUAGACCAAACAGUCCGAGAGUCAUGAGAAUUUUGCAAGACAUAGGUCAGGAAAAGUAUUGUGAUGUCUUUGGGAAGGAAGAAAUCGACAUGGAUGUCUUUAGGCUGCUUACAAAAGGUGAUCUCAUAAAAUUAGGCGUUCAAGAAGAAAGCGAUAUACAGGCGAUACUUAAAGCAGUUGGCCAAGGAUAGCAUUUUUUAAGAAUUGUUUAUAUAGAUAAUUUUGAAUUUGUAAGUUAAAAGUAUUGUUUAGUUAAAUAAGUUUUAUAUUUUUGAUAAGUUUAUGUUUUUUAUUAUAUGUAUGUGUAUUUUUGUUUGAGUUUUUAAAAUGAAGAAGGUUAGAAAUCUGAAUAAAGCUUUCCAAAGAUGUA